GCGAGCGGAGGUGAGCGACGCGCGGCUCCGCCCCUCAGUCAGUCACGGAGGUUGGUGGCUUCAAACCACUCGUGCUUCGCGGGGGCUGACGAGUGCUAGCGGAGGUUAAAAGAUAAUCCUCCUGGCCAAUGGACUGAGAUGUUCAUCACUGAAUUCCUCUACAGAGAAGAGCUAAAGAUGCACAGUUGUAUUCAGAGGGCAAGAAAACAAAGUGAAGCUGCUUCUUACCCCGUGUGUGUAUUCGUCAGAUCAUCUUGAAAUUUAACUAAAAAUAUGACAGCUCUUCCUUCAAAGAACUGCUCUUUUCAAUACCAGUCACAUCAGGCUCCAUGGUCCCUGGAUGCCACCUGUCUCCUGUUGUUGAUCAUACUUGGGAAAGUGUUGUUAAACGUCCUCAUCCUCAGAGUGAAAAGGAAAGACACCUCAUGGAGCUUUAUGGAGUACUUCUGCUUUUCACUAGCACUUGUUGAUCUCCUGCUGUUGGUAAACAUUUCUGUUCUGACCUACUUCAGGGACUUUGUAGUUCUAGGUAUUAGGUUUACUAACUACCACAUCUGUCUGCUCACACAGAUCAUUUCCUUCGCUUACGGCUUCUUGCAUUAUCCAGUUUGCUCCCUGGCUUGUAUAGACUACUGGUGUAAUCUGUCCAGAGCCACGAAGCCUUCAUCUAGGUGGCAAAAGUUACUUUAUUUGUUGACAGUCAUUUUAACUUGGAUCUCAGUCCUUGCUUAUGUUUUGGGUGAUCCAGCCAUCUCGGCAAGCCUAAAGACACACAAGACUUCUGUGUACCAAUGUCCCUCCUAUGUCAGCACUCAGAGUCACUGGCUAUCACUGUCUAUGUUGAUGGUUUUAUCUGUGGCCUUUCUGAUUUCAUGGCAAGAAGUUGUUGCCCUGAUACAGGCUAUCCGGAUAGCAUCCUACAAGAACAAGGCUGUCCUCUACUUUCCUUUCCCACCCCACACGGGUUACACUGUGAGCCCCAGAGCAGUGCUCUUGCCCAGGCUCAUCGUGUGCUUUCUUGGUACCUGGUUUCCCUUUGUAGCACUUCAGGCCCUCAUCCUCUCACUCAGAGUUCAGAUUCCAGCGUACAUAGAAAUGAACGUCCCCUGGCUGUACUUCGUCAACAGUUUUCUCAUUGCUGCGGUUUAUUGGUUUAACUGCCACAAGCUUUAUUGGAGAGACGGCAUGUUCCCUGUGGAUCCUUUCAUCAACUGGAAAUGCUGCUUUGUUCCGGUCCACAGACUUAAGCAAGUGGAGAGGCCCAUGUCUAUAAUCAUCUGUUAACAUGCUGCUGUGCUGACAGGAACCCCAUAAGCACCAAGAUCAAUCUUGCAGGGACAAAGGUGGCUCAGGACAUGUAUGAAGCUCUUGUUCCCCUAACUUUUACCUUUUCAGCACAGCCUCCUGGGGUGGAUAUUAAAUAGUGCUAAGGACACAUUAACACAGCAGAAUCUUUAUACCUGCUUGUCAACAUUUAUAUAUCUGGUAUUAAUCCAAGAGUAAAUUAAACACAUUAACAUGUGGCCAGCUUGAUGUUUUACUCUUAAAAAACUACUGGGUACAAAAUGUUAUAUAAAUUUGAAAUUCUAUUUGCCAACUUUAAGGUCUGAGCUUAAAUAUUUUAUAAACUUUAGAGCAAAAAUAAAAGACUUAACAUGA